AUGGGUAAAUCCUGGACUAGCUGUCUUCUAGUGCUGUUUAUGUGGACUUGCUUAGGUGCCCAGCAAAUGGAAGAUGCAUUGUCUUUUCAGUUUACUCAUCCACUUUACAAUGUGAUGAUAUGUGAAAAUUCAGCAGCGAAAACCUUUGUUGAAUGCCCCAUAAAAAUGGGUAUUUUUAUGACGAACCAGUCUUGGGACAUUUGGUACAUAAUAGAAUCCGGGGACCAUGAUAAUUUAUUCAAAGCUGAGAAGUAUGUUUUGGGUAAUUUCUGUUUCCUGCGAAUAAGAAGCAAAGGAGGGAAUUCUGCCACUCUUAAUAGGGAAGUAAAAGACCACUAUCUACUGACUGUAAAUGCUAUUGAAAGACAUACUGGUGCUGAAACACAAACACAAGUUAAAGUACAAGUUCUGGACACCAAUGAUCUCAGACCUCUUUUCUCACCGACUACAUAUAGUUUUUUUAUACCCGAAAACUCAGCCAUCAGAACAAGCAUAGGCAGAGUUUUUGCCACAGACGCUGACACAGGCACCAAUGGAGAGUACUAUUUCAGCUUCAAAGAGUGGACUACCAUGUUCUCCAUUCAUCCUACUAGCGGGGUUAUAACUCUGACAGGCAAGCUGGAUUACUCUGAGGUGGCUCUUUAUGAGAUUGAUGUGUUGGCUGUGGACAGAGGUCUGAAGCUCUAUGGGAGUAGCAGCAGCAGUAGCACGGCAAAGCUAAAGGUGCACGUGCUGCAGGCCAAUGAACAUGCACCUGUCAUCACAGCUGCCUUCAGAACAAACCCUGGAAGCAAAGAAUACAAAAUCAGGGCCAUCAAGGAAGUUGAAUGGGAGGGUUAUAGUUUUGGGUACAAUCUUACACUGCAGGCCAAAGAUAAGGGAAAUCCUCCAAAGUUUUCCUCAGCGAUAGUUGUGAGAGUGAGAUCGCCCAACGAAUACACAGAAUCUCCUACAUUUGAGAAGAGCAUCUAUAGAGUUACACUCAGUGAGUUUGCGCCACCUCACUCUCCUGUCGUUAUGGUCAAAACUGUACAGAAACAUUCAAAGAUUAAAUACUUGUUACAAUUUAAGAUGCAACAACAUGAGAAUCCAUUUGUCAUUAAUCCAAACACGGGUCUUAUCACCACCACGGCACCUAUAAAUGCAGAAAGUGUCAGUCAAUAUGAAUUUGAUGUUGUUACGAGUGACAGACGAGCAGUAGCCAAGGUGGUGGUUGGUAUAAGCGAUGUGAACAACUAUGCCCCAGUGUUUCAAAAGUCUAAUUAUGAAGCCAGUAUUGCUGAACACGUGCCCAUAGGGACCAGUGUCUUGACAGUCAGUGCUACCGACAAAGACGAUGGCGAAAAUGGCUAUGUCACCUACAGUAUUGUCAAUGUGAACAAACAGCCUUUUGUAGUGGAUUAUUUCACUGGUGUCAUAAGCACCGCAGAGGAUAUAGAUUACGAGACGAUGCCGAGCAAAUUCUCCCUAAGGAUUCGAGCCUCGGACUGGGGCUCCCCUUUCCGCCGUGAGGCAGAGACUGUUGUUUCAAUCGCUCUCACUAACCUGAACGAUAAUAAGCCACACUUUGAGAAUAUCGAUUGUGAUGUUACUGUGCCAAGAUCUCUAGAGGUCGGUGAACAAAUAAUAGUGGUGUCUGCCAUUGACACUGAUGAUCUUGGCAUAGUGCAGUACAGAAUUGACACCGGUAAUAACAUGAAUCUUUUUGAAUUGGAUUCCAGCUCUGGGGUGCUGACACUUAAAAAGUCGCUGAGGGAUGGUGAUGCGGCGAAACAGUCUUCCCACCGGCUGCAAAUAACUGCCAGCGAUGGAGAAAUAUCAAGUACUCCUAUGUUCCUAAAUCUAACAGUUGUUAGUGCUUUUAAACAUGUCCGCUCCAAAUGUGCAGAGACUGGCAUUCUGAGAACUUUAGCCGGGCUGCUGCUUUUUGGCUCUAAACGACACAGUCAGAAAGAAGCAGAAGAUGAAUUGGCAGACAUCCAUUCUGUUAACCGCCACACUCCACGGGUUAUAGAGUCCACUCCAACUGUAAUAGAAGUUAAAGAGGACCUUCCUGUAGGGACAAGCAUAGCACUCCUCAGAGCUGCCGAUUCAGACUCUGGCUUCAAUGGGAAAUUGCUUUUUGUGAUCUCAGGUGGAGAUUUAGAUGGUUGUUUCACGAUAGAAUCUGACACAGGGUGGCUUAAAGUUUUCGAGCCACUUGAUCGAGAAACAACAGACCACUACACUCUCAACAUCACUGUUUUUGACCUUGGCUUACCGCAGAAAUCCUCAUCUCACAUGUUAAAUGUUAACAUUUUAGACGUCAAUGACAACAGUCCAGAGUUCCUUCAGCGUGAGUUUUCAGUGGAUGUAAGUGAAGACACUGCUAUGGCAACAGACAUUUUUCAGCUUGAAGCAAAAGAUAAAGAUUUAGGGGUCAAUGGAGUUGUUAGAUACUCGUUUCUUACCAAAACAGACAAAUUUGGCAUACAUGAAGAAACAGGGAUUGUAACUGUUAUGGGUCCACUAGACAGAGAAGCCAAUCCGUCGUUUGUUUUGAAGGUGGCUGCUUUUGAUGCAGCAGUUGAUGAGCCUAAAAUGGUAUCAACAGUGUUGUUACACAUUCAUUUGGAGGAUGUGAAUGACAAUGCUCCUACAUUUAUACCUGAACACUACAAUAUCAGAGUGAGAGAAGACAUUCCAGUGGGCACCUUGGUGCUCUGGCUUCAAACUCACGAUCCUGACCUUGGCCUGUCCGGACAGGUGAGAUACAGUCUAAUAGAAGUGGAAGAUGGAAGCUUUCAAGUAGAUAAAAUGACUGGAGCUAUGUACGUCUCUCAGACUCUUGAUUUCGAAACAAGACAAGUAUAUAAUCUGACAGCAAAGGCCAAAGACAGAGGCAAACCAAACCCUUUAUCCUCAUCCUGUUUCAUUCAUGUGGAAAUUGUGGAUGUAAAUGAGAACUUGUACCGCCCGUCCUUCCCAUUCUUUGUGGCAUGGGGAGCUGUGAGUGAAGACGCCCCAGCUGGCACCUCUGUUAUGAAAGUUACAGCUCAUGAUAAGGACAGCGGCAGGGAUGGAGAAGUUCGCUACUCCAUACGGGGAGGUUCAGGCCUUGGUCUGUUCACCAUUGAUGAAAACAGUGGCAUAAUAAGGGCACAAGAGAUCCUCGAUCGUGAGACUACUAAUCAUUACUGGCUCACAAUCUAUGCUACCGAUCAAGGAAUUGUGCCACUUUCCUCAUUUGUGGAGGUCUACAUCGAGGUUAAAGAUGUUAAUGAUAAUGCUCCACUGACAUCAGAGCCUGUGUACUAUUCUUCUGUAUCUGAGAACUCUCCCAAAGACGUCUCUGUCAUCCAGAUUACAGCAUUUGACAUGGACUCAAAAUCAAGGGAUGAUCUCUCAUAUAAAAUAACUAGUGGAAAUCCACAGGGAUUUUUUGCCAUUACAAAAAAAAAAACGAGCAUAAUAAGGGCACAAGAGAUCCUCGAUCGUGAGACUACUAAUCAUUACUGGCUCACAAUCUAUGCUACCGAUCAAGGAAUUGUGCCACUUUCCUCAUUUGUGGAGGUCUACAUCGAGGUUCAAGAUGUCAAUGAUAAUGCUCCACUGACAUCAGAGCCUGUGUACUAUUCUUCUGUAUCUGAGAACUCUCCCAAAGACGUCUCUGUCAUCCAGAUUACAGCAUUUGACAUGGACUCAAAAUCAAGGGAUGAUCUCUCAUAUAAAAUAACUAGUGGAAAUCCACAGGGAUUUUUUGCCAUUAACGCCCAGACAGGGUUGGUGACAACAACAUCGCGGAAACUGGACAGAGAAAAGCAAGCGGAGCAUCUUCUUGAAAUUAAAGCAUCAGACAAUGGGAAGCCUUCAAAGUCGUCCAUCUGUCGGUUGCACAUUGAGUGGAUUCCAAAGCCUAAGCUGGCUAAACAACCGCUGGCGUUUGAGGAGAUUCCACUCUCAUUCUCUGUGAUGGAGAAUGAUCCAGUAGCCCAUAUGGUGGGAGUUAUCAGCGCUCAGCCACUUAACUCCCCUGUAUGGUUUACAAUCAAAGGAGUCACACAUGUUAAAGAGGUUUUUCACAUCCUACAGAUGGCUUGUGACCUGAACUGUACAGCAGGUGGAAAUGCUGACAGCCGCUUUGACGUGGAGAGGGCGAGUGGCACAUUAAUCAUCGCUGGAGCUCUAGAUGCUGAACGGCAGUCAAAUUACAACCUCACUGUUGAAGCAACAGAUGGAACAAGAUCUAUCAGCACUCAGGUCAUAAUUCAUGUUAUUGACACAAAUGAACAUCACCCCCAGUUUGGCUCAAACUGGUUUGAGAUAAGUAUUCCAGAGGAAACUCAGCCUGGUAUGAAGAUACUGGAAAUAAAUGCAACAGAUAAAGAUGAGAAGAACAAAUUAUCCUACACACUGUUGAGCAGCACGGACCUGUUUAGCCUGAAGAAGUUUCGUCUUGAUCCUGGAACAGGCUUUCUGUACACCGCUGAAAAACUGGACCAUGAAACCAUGCACAGACAUAUCCUCACAGUAAUGGUUAGGGAUCAAGAUGUGCCUGUGAAGAGUAAUGUUGUAGUGAUCAUCAACGUGGAGGACAGUAAUGACAAUGCACCAUGGUUCACAAGCUCUCAGUACACUGCCCGUGUGUUUGAGACAGCUGCGAUUGGUUCAUCUGUAUUACAGGUCACUGCUCUGGACAAAGACAAAGGCCUAAAUGCUGAAAUUCUCUACAGUAUAGAUUCAGGAAAUCAUGGAAAUUCCUUCAACAUUGAUCAGUCUUUAGGCAUUGUAACAGUUGCAAGAGAACUUGAUCGUGAAUACAAAGACCAAUAUGAAUUGGUAAUUAAAGCAUCAGAUAAAGGAGAGCCUCCUCUCAGUGUGGUUACAACUAUCAAGGUCACGGUCAAUAGCUUGGAUAAUACCAAGCCAAAGUUCCCCUUCAAUUCAAUAUCAGCUGAAGUCAGUGAAUCUGUCGCUGUUGGGAGUUUUGUAACUUUAGUCUCAGCCUUCAGUCAAUCAACCAUCAACUAUCAGAUCAAAGAGGGAAAUGUGAACAGUGCGUUUGACAUCAAUCCAAACUCUGGUGCUGUCAUCACACGGAAAAAACUGGACUUUGAAAGCCUUUCGUCAUAUAAACUGAUUGUGCAAGGGUCAGACAUGGCUGACAGGUCAAGCAGCGUCACAGUCAACAUUCAUCUAAAAGAUGAAAAUGACAAUGCUCCUGUUUUCACUCAACCUGAAUUUACUGGCUUCAUCAGUGAGUCAGCCAUGGUCAUAAGUGUAGUUCUGACCUCUCAGAAUGUUCCACUUGCUGUUCGUGCAACAGAUGCUGAUCAAGACUCAAACGGCAGGCUUGUUUAUGAGAUUGUGCAGCCAUUUGCUCAUAACUAUGUUUCUAUUGAUUCUGGGACCGGAGCUAUUCAAACUCUCAGCAACUUGGAUUAUGAGCAGAGAAAGGUGUUUAACUUCCAAGUUCAGGUCCAUGACACUGGAGCGCCACGUUUGUUUGCUCAAAACACGGCCAAUGUGACUAUAUACGUCAUUAACGUCAAUGAUUGUGCUCCAAAAUUCACUCAGGAUUCAUAUGAGACAACACUCCUCCUUCCAACCUACAAAGGGGUUAAAGUGACAACAGUAAAGGCUACAGAUGAGGACUCAUUGCCAGACACCAAACUGCACUUUGAACUUGUAGAUGGCAACAUAGGAAACAAAUUCCUGCUUGAUUCAACUUCAGGUGAUAUUUUUGUGCAAAAUGCUACACAGUUGCGGAGCAGGUACAGACUGACAGUCCAAGUCUCUGAUGGAAGCUUUACUGGCACUGCAACUGUUAAAGUCAGUGUUAAAGAAAAUAAAGGUCACAAUUUGAAGUUUACUCAUGAAAUUUUCACCGCCUAUGUGCAGGAAAACUCAGUGGAGAAGAAAACCUUGGCAAUCCUCUCUGUAGUUGGAUAUAGAGUCAAUGAGCCUUUGUUUUAUUCUAUUCUCAAUCCUAACAGCAAAUUUGAAAUAGGACGCACAUCUGGAGUGCUCUUCUCCACAGGCAUCCCAUUUGAUCGUGAAGAGCAGGAUUUAUUUGAAAUGUUUGUGGAGGUUAUAAAAGAGCCAAGGUUAAACGGUACCGCCCAUGUGCUUGUGAGAGUUCAUGUUGAAGAUGUGAAUGAUAAUGCCCCCGUCUUUGUAGAUCAGCCCUAUAACGUCAUUGUUCCGAUCGAAAAAAACGUGGGUUCAGUUUUCAGGAAGGUGACCACCGUGGACAAAGAUAUAGGCAGAAACGCAGAGGUUACAUACUAUUUGAAAGGUCAUGAUAAAUAUUUUCAGGUAAGCCCUUCUGGAGAAAUCUCUCUUAAGAGACCUCUUGAGCUCAAAAGCGUUGGCAAAUUCGUCAUUAACAUCGCCGCACAAGACGGAGGCGAACCACCGCUGUUUUCAAAAGCAGAGGUUGUUAUUUCAGUGGUAAACAAAGCUACACCAGUGUUUGAAAGACCUUUUUACAAGAUUGAAAUCCCUGAGAAUGUGCAAGUGCGUACUUCUGUAUUCCAAGUAGUGGCCAAUCAAUCUGCAGGACCUCGUACGGUCUACAGCAUCUGUGGGGGAAACCCAUUCAAUCAGUUCUACAUUCAUUUCAAUUCUGGACUCAUUGAAGUCAUCCAGCCAUUGGAUUAUGAGGCUCAUCCUGCAUAUCGGUUAUGCAUCCAGGCAACAGACUCUCUAACCGGGGCCAACUCUGAUGUUUUCGUAGAUAUCAUAUUGGAAGACGUCAAUGACAAUGCACCCAAAUUUGAAGCGGCAGUGUAUAACAUUAGCUUCUCUGAAUCUGUUGUAACUGGAACCUCUGUGCUACAAGUGGUAGCCAUGGACUCUGACACAGGAAGCAAUGCAAUAUUGUUUUAUCAGUUGUAUGAAAAAGAUGGAGCCACUUCAGAUUACUUCAGAAUAGAUGUUGAGAGUGGAGUCAUUUGGACUGCAGGGCUAUUGGACCACGAGACCCAAUCACAGCAUGAACUUACUGUAAAAGCAGUUGACCGUGGAGUGUUUCAGCUGUCUGCUGAGGUCCAAGUGAUCAUAUAUGUAACAGAUCUUAAUGACAACCCGCCUGUUUUUUCACACCAGCUUUAUAAUGCCACCAUAAGUAAGAUUUCUUCUCCAGGGCAGCUUGUGACCUGUGUUAAAGCAUAUGAUGCUGACAGCCGUGGAACCAGUCAGCUUGAGUAUGCUAUUUUGUCUGGAAAUGACAACAAUGUCUUUGCCACUGAUGCGUCAAGUGGAGAAAUUGUGAUUGCCAACAUCAACCAACAGUCACUUGAGCACUUCUACAGCUUAAUUUUGUCAGUAACUGAUGGUGUAUUUAGAAGUACUGCUGAGGCAAACAUCUAUAUGAUGGGCGAGAACAGCCACAGCCCAUCAUUUACCCAGGAUGAGUAUGUUAUUGAGCUCGCUGAGAACUCUCCAGUUGGUACAUUGAUUGGACAAGUUGAAGCCACUGACAAAGACCCAGGGAUAUAUGGACAGUUGACAUUCUUCAUUGUAAAUGAUAUUGCCAGGGAUAAAUUUACCAUCGACGAUGAUGGCCGGAUUCACACAGUAGAGUGUUUUGACAGAGAAAAUCCAGACGAAAGAACAAUUAGCAUCAGUUUAAUGGCUAAAGAUGGCGGUGGUCGAUUAGGCUUUUGUACUGUUAUUAUAAUUAUCUCUGACCUGAAUGACAAUUCACCCAAAUUCAGGCUUUCAGAAUAUAAAGUUACUGUGCCGGGAGAUGCUUCCAGUGGUACGACAGUGAUCAAAAUAUCUGCAGUAGAUGAAGAUGAGGGAAGUAAUGCUGAUAUCAUUUACACUAUUGAUUCUGAUAUAGGGCACUUCGAAAUUCAUCCACUUAGUGGUGCAAUUGUCACAAAGGAAAGUCUAAUUGGACUGGAAAAGGGCCUCUAUUCCUUAUUUGUGAAGGCUAAAGAUUCUGGAAGCCCACCAAGGCAAUCUGUUAUUCCAGUUUCAAUUAGAAUAGUUCCCUCUGAAACAUCAAUCCCAAAGUUUGCGGAGCCGUCACUGUGGCUGGAGCUUUCAGAAGACCUGGCUGUCGGAACUGAGAUGGAUAUCUUCCAAACCGAGAAUGAGCGGCCUGUGAUCUACAGCCUUGUUGGAGGGAACACCCCCGAGAGUAACAAAGAUGAUGUCUUUGCUAUUGACAGCAGUACUGGAAAGCUUACACUCACAAAAAGACUGGACUAUGAAACUAUUAAAAGGUAUCAGCUUGCAGUCCAGGUCCAAGAUGCUGAAGAUAGCAUAGAAAUGGUCUCAACUAUAGAUGUGAGUAUCCAUCUCAAGGAUGUCAAUGAUAACAGCCCACAAUUUGAGUCCUACCCCUACCAGUCAUAUAUUGUUGAAAACCUACCGAAAGGGACUUCUGUAGUGCAGGUAAAGGCAACUGAUCUGGAUUCCUGGCUGAAUGGUCAGGUCACUUAUACUCUGCAUGAAAUCCAGGAGUGCCCUGACAUUCUGCAGAUGUUUACAUUGGACAGUGUCACGGGCUGGAUAACCACCCUCAAAGAGAUAGACAGAGAAAAGACAGACCGAUAUCGAAUCACGGUGCUGGCCACAGACCGAGCCCAAGGGCUACAGAUGACAGGCACUACUGUUGUAGAAGUGACAGUUGUGGACACAAAUGACAACCCUCCGUUAUUUACUGAAGCAGUUUUUAAAGGCACUGUGAGAGAAGAUGAAUCUACAACAGGAACAGUUGUUACUAUUCUCAGCUCUACUGAUUCUGACAGUGAGGAGGUCAACAGGAGGUGCAGCUGCUUUAUCACAGGUGGAGACCCGCAGGGCCUGUUUGAUGUGAAGCACACAGAUGGUGUUUGGGUGGUCGCUGUCAAAAAAACCCUGGACAGGGAGGAGAGAGAAUUCUAUCUUUUAAACAUCACAGCCAUCGAUGGAACCUUUGAGACAAAGGCUACCAUAGAGAUCACUGUCCUUGAUGCAAAUGACAACAGUCCCGUUUGUGAGAAGGAUGUGUAUACUCAAACUGUUCCUGAAGAUGCACUUGUUGGAAGACAAAUUCUUCAAGUCUCAGCCAUCGAUGCAGAUAUCCAGUCAAAUGCAGAAAUCACGUACCAGCUGAGUGGCAGUGGAGCUGAAUCAUUCACAAUUGAUGCCAAAACAGGUGCAGUGAGAACACUGGUAACCCUGGACAGAGAGAUGACAGAUAUGUACAAUCUAACUGUGCGUGCAGUGGACGGAGGCGAUCGUUUCUGCCAAGCUUCUGUGCUCAUAACAGUCGAUGACGUUAAUGACAAUGCCCCCAAAUUCACAUCUGAAAAACAUCAUGUUAGUAUUUUUCAGAAUACACAACCUGGGACGUACGUGGCACGGCUAGAGGCUUUCGAUGCAGAUACUGGGAUGAACGGUAAAAUACGUUACUCGUUUGAAGACUCUGCCGGAGGUCUGUUUUCAAUCGAGGAGAGCUCAGGAAUUAUCAGUUUAGAAAGGUCCCUGGACAGACAGACUAAAGCCAUGCAUGUGCUGAGGGUACGAGCGACAGACCAGGGCUCCCCUCAUAGACUGUCCUCUCUCAACUCUGUGGUGGUGACAGUGCUGGACACUAAUGACCAUCCACUGGUGUUUGAGCAUAGGGAAUACGUUUCCACAGUUCCUGAGGAUGUUACGAUAGGGAAAAAGCUUCUGAAUGUCUUUGCUGCAAGCAGGGACCGGGAAAUUACUUCCCAGACAAUGUACUCUAUCACUAGCGGCAACGAGCAAGGAGCUUUCCGAAUUGAUUCACAGACAGGGAUUUUACUGUAGCAUUUUUACAGUGACAUCUUUGUGAUGGAGCCGCUGGACUAUGAGGUGUCUCCACAGCACUACCUGACAGUGAAGGCCACCACCAGAGGAAAACAGUCACUCAGUGACACAGCUAGUGUUACUAUUCACCUCCUUGACAUCAAUGACAACAGCCCCAUGUUCAGCCAGAAGAUCUACUCAGCUGUAGUCAGUGAGGACGCCAAACUUGAGAGUACAGUGCUGACGGUACUAGCGAAUGAUUUUGAUGGGCCUUUAAACAACCGGAUCCACUAUUCCAUUGAGAACAACCAAACAUGUCCAUUCAUCAUGGAUGCAGGCAGUGGUGAACUGCGACUGGUCCAUCAGUUGGACAGGGAAAAGGUAGCGAGUUACAUGCUGACCGUUCUGGCUUCCGACAGUGGAAAUCCCCCCAAAUCCGACAGCGCUGCAAUCAACGUGAUCGUGUCUGAUGUGAAUGAUAACCCCCCUGUCUUCUCUCAGGCUAACUACAGUCUCAUCAUCCAGGAGAAUCUGCCUUCAGGGGCCACAGUGUUACAGCUCAAUGUGACAGACAAUGACUCCCCUCAAAAUGGGCCUCCUUUCUCCUUUAGUUUUCCAAAGGGUGAUGAGUCAAGCUCAUUCAGCGUAGACCAGCAGGGUGUGGUAAAGACCGCUGGACCACUGACAAAGGGUCAGCAUAUACUCCAAGUGCAGGUGUCUGACAAUGGAAGGCCUCCACUGAAAUCAGUCACAUCUCUCAGUGUGCUUGUAGUACAGACAAGUGUGUAUCCUCCAUCUGUGCUUUCUCUGGAUGUUUUCAUCAUGAUCUUGGAAGAUGAGUAUUUAGGAGGCAUGCUGGGCAAGGUCCACGCCACAGAUCAAGAUGAAUAUGAUAUGCUCACAUUCAGUCUGGAGCCACAGUCACACAGCUUGUUCUCUGUCGUUGGCACGGAUGGCAGACUGUUGGCCUGCGGAGGCUUGGACGUGGGUCAUUACCAGCUUAAUGUCUCAGCCAGUGACGGCCGUUUCUCAGCCUUAGCCAGUGUUACAGUGAAUGUGCUGCGGGUCACAGAGCAGAUGCUGGACAGUUCUGUUUCUGUGUGCUUUGCUGGCAUCGCUGCAGAGGAUUUUAUUCAGGACCACUGGAAAAACUUCCAAAAAGCAGUCCGCAGUAUCGCCGGAGUCCGCAGGGGCACCAUGCAGUUGAUCAGUCUACAGACUGCAGAAACUGGCGACAGCCUGGAUGUUCUUCUGUUCUUUGAGAGAUCAGGACGAGGUGGCAGCUCGCUGGAAGCCCUCUCUCAGAAGCUCAGCUCUUCCAGAGCAGCCAUCAAAGAGAUGACAGGACUACAUGUAGUGCGGGUUUUGAAUAGUCAGUGCUCAAGCUUUGAGUGUCCUGGCAGUAUGUGUAGACGAGUGGUCCUGCUUAACCAGACCAGUAUGGCCACAUACAGCACUGCCCGAGUGAGCUAUGUCACACCCAGACACCACAUGACAGCCAAAUGCCUGUGCACAGACAGAAAGUGCCUGAAGCAUGAAACCACUUGUGUAAACAGCCCAUGUCCAGAGGGCUAUGAGUGUGUGUCAGGCUUUGGGAAAGACAAACACAGCUGCAUAUGCACAGGUGCUGCCAAAGUCAAAUGCUCAGGAGGAUCUUCAAUGACAUUUAAUGAAAGCAGCUACAUUAAAUAUCGCCUGAGGGAAAGUAUGAGAGAAGUGAAGCUCACGCUCAAGUUAAAAACUCUCUCAAGAGAAGGAACAGUAAUGCUUGCCAGAGGAAGAGGCCACAGUGUUUUAGAGAUAGUGGGCGGCCGACUGCAGUUCCAGUUGGAUUGCGGCUGGGGUCUCGCUACAGUUUCUGUGCACAGUGUCCUGGUGAAUGAUGGCCAGUGGCACAUGGCAGAACUUGAGGUGAAGGGUAACUAUGCCAGGCUGAUUCUGGAUCAGCUCCAUUCUGCAUCAAGCAUCGCGCCCGGUCCCCUCCACUGCCUCAAUCUGGGCGACCAGGUGGUCCUGGGUGGACACGCUCAACAUCUCGGUUCCAGACUCAGGCGCAAUCUGCCUGUAUCAGACAGCCUACAGGGCUGCAUGGACUCUGUGCUGUUUAAUGGACAGAGACUGUCCUUGGACUCAAACGGUCCAUUAGGGGUUGCCAUUGAGGACAUGGUGGGAGUGUCUCCUGGCUGUGUCUUCUUCCCAUCUCCAGACUGCUCCAGUAAUCCCUGCCUCAACGGAGGGAGCUGCUUAAUGAGGCAGAGUGGAGGUUAUGUCUGUAAAUGCAUCACUUUAUUCUCUGGGACUCACUGUGAGGUCAAGAUCGGUCUUUGUGACUCCAACCCCUGCCUUUAUGGAGGAACCUGCAUCCAGAAUAACCUGGACUACUACUGUAAAUGCAGGGGCCGGUACUCAGGUCAAAGGUGUCAGAUAGGUCCAUACUGCAAGGAGAAUCCAUGCCAGAAUGGUGGAAAGUGUAUAGACGGUCUUGAUGGACCCAUCUGUGAGUGUGAGCCGGGAUUCAAAGGAGAAAGGUGCAUGAUCGAUGUCGACGAGUGUGUGGACAGGCCUUGCUUCAAUGACGGCCGUUGUGUCAACACAUACGGGUCCUUUAACUGUUCCUGCUUGGUGGGAUUCAGCGGGAGACUGUGUGAGAUGGACACAGAAGUCAGAAACCAACUUGUAUCUUCGUCCUGGAACUCUUGGAUUGGAGAACUGGUCGCAAUGCUGGCCUUCUUGACGGCCAUCUUUGUUUUGACGAUGUUUUUCUUAAUCGUGUGGAAAGGAACCUGCAAACCUGACAAGAGCGAUAAAGUGCUUGAUAAGUACAAAGAUGUUGAUUCUUACAUUCAGAGGUCCAGCGUAUACAACCAAGCCCGAAAAGAAUCGCGCCCGGACACCCCGCCGCAGGUCCCAGUGAGAUCCAUCUCCUACACGCCCAGCAUUCCUGGAGAAUGUCGAAACAACCGAGGCUCCGUGUCUGAGUUCAGCAGCUUCACGCCAGAUCCACUCUUUGGUCUUAGGAAGACUGUGGCUGUGUGCAGUGUAGCCCCUAACCUACCACAUCGCAAAGCAUCCCAUUCACAUUCGGAAAAUAAUUCCAUACAGCAAAUGGACUGGGAUGAGGAGUAUGACGAAAAAGUCCUAGACUUGACUUCCUGUUUAGCAGUUGAAGACGACAGUAUUUCUUUGUCUCAUGAUAAUAGAGGUCUGCGGUCCAUGUGCUCUCUCCAAUCAGACGUCACGGAUGACAACAGCUAUUACUGGGAUACCUCAGAUUGCCUUCAGAAGAUCUAUUCUCCUGGGAUCCAAGGUUUUCUCCAGUAUGAAUUGGUGCAGAUGCCCUCCUUCAUGCACACUGCUCCAGAAAUUCUUGACAUGGGCUACCUUACUGGUGGCGAUGACACUGAGCACUUCCUGCAAAUUCCAGCUCUCCCUCUUAAUACUGACAUGUCUGCAGUUCCAGAGUAUGACCAGUAUACCAUGCCAGAGGUCCACCAUGUUAUCCACCCAACAGCUAGAUCAAACUCCAUGUCUUCUAGUCAACAUCACAUCCAUGACUACCCACAGCCUAUUCAAACAACCUUUGGGAUGCCUCAAGGCCAUCAUAUAGGACCUGCUGGGGUUCCUGAUUCCUUAGAAAGUCCUGUGUAAGAGCCACACACUUCUAAAUUCCAUCAGACUUGCCAACCAGUGGUUAGAAUUUAAAUUCUACAGUUACUGACCAUAAAGAACUUCAUAAAGAUGUUGUUGGUAACACUACCAGAGACUGAGGUGUGACCGAGGUAGGCUUAUAGGCUCUCAUUUGAAAUCACCAUUAAUCACUAAUGCAG